AUGCCACGGUUUGAGCGUUCAGUCCUUUCUCCAACCUGCUUGUCCUGCUUGUCUCAACAUUUGUGUCGCCUGUGCAUUUCUCAAACACAAAAAAAGCUCGGUUUUUUCGACUGGAUUUCAUGGCUCAAGUGUCGAAGCUGCCGGCGAUCGAAGGAGGCAGCCAGCGAAAUGGCACUUGUGAGUACUGGCCAGCCAGAAGCCAAGAGGCAAAAGUAUAGCGGCGGUGCUGAGCUUGUCCCAGCACUUCAAGAGCAGCUUAUCCAUGUUCAGCAUGUGAACAGAAAGAGCGGCCUCUUUGGCCCAACAAUGUUGCUGACUGGCCAUGAGGGAGAGGUAUUUUGUGCAGAGUUCUCUCCAGAUGGGCGAUCUUUGGCCACUGGCUCCUUUGACAAGUGCCUCUACUUGUGGAAUGUGUAUGGCGAAUGCGAAAACUACGGUGUCAUGAAAGGCCAUGCAAAUGCUGUGCUUGAGGUUCACUGGAAGCACGACGGUACUCAGUUGUACACGUGCUCUGCAGACAAGAGCGUUUGCGUUUGGGACCCUGAGUCUGGAAAGCGCUUGAAGAAGCUGAAUGGACACACGGCCAUCGUGAACAGCAUGCAGACUUCCCGACGUGGUGUUCCGUACCUCGUGAGUGGAGGAGAUGAUGGUACCACAAAGUUGUGGGACUUGAGAGUCCGACGAUGUGUGCACACCUUUGAGCAUCAGUACCAGAUCUUGGCAGUCUCCUUCGAUGACACGGCAGAGCGGAUCUUUUCCGGGUCUUUGGAUAACACGGUGUUGAUCUACGAUAUGAGGAUGCGAGAUCAAGAUCCAGAGGUUCUGGAAGGCCAUGGUGAUAGCAUUACGGGCCUAGACGUCUCAAAGGAUGGCAACUUCUUGGCCACCAAUUCCAUGGACAAUACAGUCCGCAUUUGGGAUGUUAGGCCCUUCGCAGGGCAAAGGAAUCGAUGUCUCCGAAUCAUGAGAGGUGCAACACAUAACUUUGAGAAGAACCUCUUGCGGGUCCGAUGGUCUGAGAAAGAUGCACUCCUGGCAGCUGGAUCUGCGUGUCAGAACGUAAAUAUUUGGGACAUGAAGAUGCUGCAGCUCGCAUACAGGCUUCCUGGACACACGGGGAGUGUGAAUGAAGUCUGCUUCCAUCCCAAAGAGCCAAUCAUUGCGUCCGUGGCUUCUGACAGGAUGGUCUUCAUGGGCGAGCUUGGCGACUGA